AUGAAAUACAACUUUCAAAAGAAGAUGCAGUCUCCAAGACUGUCCAUGACUAAGAACAAGACUAUGGAUUCGGAUCGCCGAAGCCUCAUCCUCCAGUCGAUGGAUUCUUUCCUGGGCAUUGACGAAGACGAGCUCUCCUUGGGCGAUCUUCCUCCAGUCAACAAGCCAUCCAUCCGAAAGCCAGGUGCCUUGACAAGAGACGAUCGGUCUACUUCUACCGAGGUGACUGCCUUGGACGAUUCCGUUGCGUCCUUUGACCUCACUGAAAUGGAAAAGGAGGCAACCAUUACCAUCCUUCCAGUCUCUCCCUUUCCUGAAUCUCACCCCGAAGAUAUUGGGGAGGUGCAAGAGGACUGUUUCGAUAGCGAUGAUGACGAAUGGUCCACCAAGUCGUUGGAAAUUUUGGAAUUGCGCAAGUUGAGCCAUCGCAGGUCUGUUUCCAUUCAGUCUGUGGAGAUGGAUGAAAACUGUUUGCGCAUGCCCGAUUUGCGCAAAUCUUCCGUCCCUCCCAUGAGACGGACCUCCAUUUCCGUCCCCGUUGCUCCUAUUCAAGAAACCAAGCAACCUAGUCGUCGAAGCUCGGUAUCCUUCGCGGAAAUGGCCGAAGUAAGCUUUAUCGACAAGCUUGACGCCAAAAACACUGACUUCGAUUCCUUGUAUUGGAACGAAGAGGAGCUGGCUGACUUUCGACACGAAGCCUUCUUGGAAGAGUGUGGCAUUGCAGACGAAGACUUUGAUGAUUAA